UGUGUCCGGGAAUGGAUUCAAUCGUUUUGAUCCGAAAUAUAUUAGUAUCGGACCAAAGGCUAUCAGAGGACAGAUGGGCAUGAGUGCUGCUGCUGCUGCGGCCAGCAAAUGUGCAACAUUGAGGCAGGGUGGUCGGUAUGGGGGUAGUUUGGGUGGGACUACAAAGCCAAGUUCUAGUCCUAGUCCGAAUUUGAAGACCGCUCAACCGCCAACAGUGGCUACUGUGUCAAAAGAUUAUACCAAUUCCUACUCGAGCUCAACGAUGUCUUUUAAUGCUGCAAGUCUCAAAAAGAGCAAUGUGCCCAAUGGCGGGGCUUCAGGGGGUGAAAGGAAGGAAGAGGGGAAGCAGCAAUUGUCUGUGUACAGCAUCGAUACAUCAUACCAUCGUCAACCAACUAGCGGAAAGUCCCAGGAAACUAGUACCAAAGGUAUUUCAAUUCUCAAUCAGCCACUGCCAGAGAUUCCGCAGCAGGCAAUGAAGAUUAGUGAACCCAAAAACCUCCAGCAACCCCUCUGUGCGGCCAAUUUAAAUCAAUACCGGUCGCUACAGCGUCCGGGAAUGCAUCAGAAAUCAUCAUUUGCCAGUCAACCGGCACCGCAGCAGAGUGUACCGCUCAAGAGCUCAAUGAAGCAACCCCAGACUCAAUCAGCUCCACCAAAAGUCGUUCCACCGCAGUUGCCGCCGAAGAAUCGGCAUAAGGACAUUGAUGGUCAGAGUAGGAGUCAACAAAGGCAGGCAAUGAUGCAGCAGCAAGGUAAGGGUCAAAAUUUCAGUACACUCCAGUACCCCAGUAAACAUCAACAGAGCAGCAGUACCCAUACGACAUUUGGGUAUGACAAUAAAUCCCGGGGAGAUUCUGGGGGAAGUGGAGGAGGUGGAGGGGGAGGAGGAUAUCAUGGAUAUCAGCAGCAUAGUCUGCCGGAAAAGAAGCAUUCGCAGCAUCAGCAGCAGCAAUAUGAAAGUUCACGUAUGACAUCUUUCCAUGGGGGUCCAGAUCCAUCUUGUGGAUAUCCCAUGAAGGUGUCCAAAUCCCAUCAGCAGGGUUAUCAAACUAUGCCACAUCAGCCAAAGCAUCAGCAGCAGUAUCAGCCUAGCAAGUCCCAUGGGCACCAUUCCCAGGCACAGCCAAGUAAACAAAGCAAACGAGAUGAUCCACCAGUUUACUAUCGAUCCCUACAGCGUGGUGGUCAGAAUCCAGCUGGGGGAGCCCACAAUGAUCUCUAUUCGGUAACGGAACUUUGAAGAUUUUCCUUGCCCACGGAAUAAGAAAAAAAUUGCAGUCAAUCGGACAACAAUGUAGAAGUGAAAUAACUUAAAAAGGAUUGUAUUCGACGAAAAAUGAUUAUUAUUAUAGAGAAUGUAGCAACAGUGAUGUUGAUUGGCGGAGGUAGGAGGAAUAAAAUAAAUAUUUAAUUCAAAAAUAGAAUUCCUCAUUGUAAAUAUAAUGAACUUUUAGUGAAUGAAAGGAGAAAAGGGAGGCGCAUUGUCUUUUUCAGGUCAAUUUCGACUAAUUAAGUUGAGUGUGUUUUUUUUUCCUUUUUUGUUUGUAAAAAGCUGCAUACUAAUAUUAAAAAAAAGCCACAACAUUGCACACGAUUCCAAAUAACAAAAGAGUUCCACAAAUGAAAGGAAAUUCAAUUAUCGAUAAUUUUUAAUUAGAUUUUGUAUUAUUGGUGUAUCAUCCGGGAAUAUAAAAGACAUUUUAUUUUCUGUUCGAUUGUUUGAUGGUGUUUCAUAUAUAUAUUUUUUAAAUACUUAGAGUGUCUAUCAACAUUUUUGUUGAUGGUAAAUUUAAAGAAAAAAAAAGAGUUUUUAUAUAGAAAAAAUUGAAUCUUAUGUAAAGAUUUGUAAACUAAGUUUAGAAUAAUUUGUAUUAUUCAGGGAUUAAGAGCACUGUAUGGAUGGUAUUUUACUAUAGACACACUAUUAAUAAGAAUAUACAAUUUGAAAGAAGAAAAAAAAAAGAAAUAAUAGUUGAAUUGAGUAAAUUCGUUGUGUGAUGAAAAAAAAAUGGUAGAAUGAAUGUUAAUUGAAACAUUUUAACUUGUAUUUAUAUAUUUGAGAAGAGAAAGUUUUUCUUAUUGCAUUUUAAUGACGGUAAAAUGAUAAAAUGAAAAUAAAGUUGAAGGGAGAAUUUAGAACUAAAUAAACAUACAAAAUAGUCUGAAUUAGCGUUAGAUGAGGAGGUGAAAAAAUAAUCUUAAAAAAAAAACAAAUCUUUCAAAUAAUAUGAAAAGAAGGAAAAAAAAGUUCAUAAAUUUAAAGAAAGAAAUUUAGAAUAUAAAUUGAGAAAAUAAAAAUCAGCGAGAUUUGACUUUUUUUGUAAGCAUUUUUAAACUUGUUAAUAUUUAUUUUAGGAAGGAGAAAUAUUAUUUAAAAAGAAAAAUAAGAAAUAAAUAGAUUUAUAAAAGAAAAACAGAUCAAAAAUAUGUAAUUUACAGUGAAAUAUUCAUCAAAAACAAAUCAACAUGAGAUAAAAAGGUGCCAUUUUUUCUUUUUGGUUACAAGAAUUUUUUUUUAAUAUUUUUAUUUUUAUUUUUUUAUGUUUUGAGGAAAUUCAAAUAUUCUAUGGUCCAUUUUAAAUGAAGUAUAAUAAGUACACCGAUAAAUCAUAACACUCUGAAAUGGGAACAUUUUUUCUAUAUUUACAGUGUAUUAAUUUAUUGUGCGCCAAGAAAAAAAACGGAUAAUUGAUAAGUAUUCUGUAACUACAAUAUGUAAUUUGUAUCAUAAUAAUUAUUUUGAUAAGAUUAGCACAAAAAAUAAAAAAAAAACUUUGUAUAAAACAGAACUGUUACCGUCUCGAAAAUUUUGCCGUUUGCGCUGACGAUGUAAAAACAAAUUUAAUAAAAAUAAAAUGCAUAUUCUUUCCAACAAUAAAUUAUUUAUGCACCAAAACUUCUAACUAUUAAAAAACACGCCAAAGAAAAUCAAAUUGAGGGAAAUAACUUUUUUUUGGGAACUACUUGUCCGUAAUUUUUUUCUAUAUUUUGCAGGAAGGUAGUGUUGAACCUCUUCAGUAAUCUGCACUAAAGAUUAAUAAAGGAUGCCUCUUGUAACAGAUAUAACUAACAAAAAUUAAAGCCUAUCAUUUAAUAAUUUAAAAUGAUACAAGAAAAAGAUGGCAAAGCGUCCCGGCUUUGCAGAAGGCUCGAACUCAAAACAGAGAUCUCCGUGAAUUAGUUUUUCGCAUGAUCUUUUGGUGCUUACUGAUCUACUAGCGAUUAAUUUGUUUCAUAAAUCACAAAAGCAUUUCAGAAUCGAAAAUUCGUAAAGAAAUGAUCAUUCUAGAAUGUUCUGGCAUGUUUUUGACAUUUCAAUGAGAGUCAGGAGAUCUAGGAUCUAGUCAUCUCGCUCAUUCUCAUGGUAAAUUUUAAAAACAUGUUUAUAAACUGAAGUUAUUGUGCAUUGGUCAUUACAAGAACAAGCACAAACAAAAAAUGUAAAUACGAGAAAGAUAAUUGAUUUACGGAUACUUAACCGAUUCAUUACUGAUUUCGAGACCUUUCCAAAAAAUCCAAAUUUAUGCAAAUCGGUUGAAACAGGGGCACAUCAAGCCUAAUAAAAGAGAAGCUAUUUUUUAGUUUUCCUUGUAAAAAUUUUGCAGAUAUGGCACCCUGACUUAAACAAAUUUGCUCAUAAUUCUUCUAUUAUUUCGGCGAACAUUAUGAAAUAAGUAUUUUUAGAUUGCUUUUAAUGCACGAUUUCGAAAUAUAUCAGACUGAUAAGUCAAUUCUCUUUCGUAAAAAACUAGCCAAUAGUCUUCAAUGCAUCUAUGCAAAAGAGCGGUUAAACUUUGACCUUCAAAAAUCCAAGAUGGCGAUAUUUGGACGAAAUGUCCACCUGGACGAAAUAAACCAAAAAAGAUGGUUUUACACAGGGAAUCGAAGGGGAUGGAGAAAUAAUAAGAAACAUAUUAAUGAUCAUUGGAUUGACUUACGGAGGGGUCACGGAAGACCGAAAGCUCGUAUCUCUUACCGUUUAACCUCUAGAUUAGUAACAAGUUUACGGGCAGAAAAAAGGGAUAUUUAAACAAAAAUAGGUUUUUUACGGGUAGGGGGAGAUGGAGCACUUUGAAAGUGGAGCACCUUUAAAAUUAGGAUAUUUAACCUAUUUUUAAAUAAAAUUGAGCCUUAACGUGAUAUAAUUUAGGUGCACAAACAGAAUGAGAAGCUAAAUUACAUUAUGAUAUGGCUCAGUUCCACUUAAACAUAGGAGAAAAAUACCAAUUUCAAAGGUGCUGCACUUCCCCCUACGUUAAUAUUAAUUGCAGUCAGAUUGGAAAUUUCAAGACCUUUCCAAAAAAAUCCAAAUUUAAUCAAAUCGAUUGAGAAAUAGGCCCUCCAGAGUGGCUAAACUUUGAUCUCUAAAAAUUUAAGAUGGCGAUUUUUUAGGCAAUAGGUAAUGUUUGGACGAAAUAUUCACCUAGAUGACCUCCAAAACAUAUCCAAAAAUAAAAGAAAUUGUAAGAGCCGCUUUCGAAAUGAACCAAAAAACAUGAUUUUGAAGCUUUUGAAGGGUAUGGAGAGGUUGGGGGAAAAAGAAAAAUACGUCUGGAGAUAAUGGUUUUUUUAUUGGGGGUCACUGAAAACCAGAACGUGAUAUCUUUUACCGUUUAAACUCCAUGAUGGUGACAUUUUGAAAAAGAAGUCGAUAAUAACUACUCUGUCUUUGAGUUCGAGCAGUAAUAAUUCUAUUUAUAACAUAGGUAUACAGCAAAGCUCAUUACUGAAAAGUAAUUUUUACAUUUCUUUUUAUUUGCAAAAAAAAAAACAACUUUGUGGUGCAAAAGCGUUGUAUUCCAUAAUAAUUCCUCUAUCAGAAUUGCAAAUGUAGAAACAUUAAAUUGAAUUUUUCAUAUCUGUUAAAGAGGGCGUGUCCUAAAAUUAUUCUUUGGUAGAGCUUUCUCAGGACACACGACACUGCCUUUAAUUGCAAAAAAACUAUAAUUGAAAAAUUAUGGUGAAGUGAGACAAUUCCAUUUUUCUUUAUAACGUUAAACAUCCGUCAGAAAACAUGAUUUAUGCUUUAGCAAUAUAUUGUAGAAAAUAAGAUUUGAAAGAAAAAACUAAAAUAUAAAAAAUUUACCAUCUCAAUUAUUUAAUAAAUCAAUGGACUGCAAUUUUUAUACAAAUUACUUUUUUAAUUUAUAACGACGGAAUUUAUUAAAAAAAAUGAUGUUUUAUUACAAACUUGUGGGGAAACGGAGAUGAAAAAAUAAACCAUAAAAAAUCGAGCUCAAUUAUUUCGAACAAAAGAAUACAUUUUAAAUGUUGAAAAAAAUAAUGAACGUAGAGUCAAAAUGAAGUAAAAAAAAUUGAGAAUAUUUUGAAAGACUUAGAGAACUAAUAAAAACCACUAACGAGAAAAAUAUUGUUAUGUAAUGUAAUAAAGACAUGUUGUGUAGUCCUUAAGAAUAAUAUUCUAAUCGACUUUUCUUCUCAAUUUACAAAUGAAUCUUCAUUUUGACAGCCCCUGCGAGUGGAAGCUAAAGGAGAUAAUAGAUAGAUCCUUUUUCCCUCACUUCUUGAUGAUAUAUUAAAAUACCAGUGAAAAAAUAAAUUACUAGAGAAAAAAAAAACAAAAAAAUAAUUAGAAUGAUUUUAUCUCUUGACUUGCAUAAAAGAAAAAUCAAGAAUAAAAUUCUGGCGAAGGAAUAGAGAGUAAAAAGAAAAUAAAAACGUAAGAGUCAGUAAGUUUCAGUAUUAUUGAGAUUAUUGACUUGAAAAUAUUCAUAUAAAAAUUGAAUAGUGUUACAUUAACAGUGAAAAAAAAUGAAGAAGAAACCCAUAUGAAAUUGAUAAAAAAAAAUGAUUAUACAAUUAUAAUAUGAAGAAAAAGUGUUAGUAUCUAAAAUAAUGGAUAUUUUUAACUGAAGUUUGUCUGUAAACACGAAAUUUGAAGAAAAGAAAAAUAAAUGCAAUCAUUAUUCACUAA